AUGACGACUGUUACGGAGUAUGGUAAUAGCGACAUGGUUGCGCUGGUUUUGCAGAAACCUUUCAUUACCGCAACAGCUGACGAAAUCACCAAGGUCUGGCGCGACCUGUGUGCGCAAGUUGUUUACAAUUAUAACGAUAACUGCUCAACAGACAUUCCGCCGUUUGCCGUCUUUUCAUUCAAUGCGAAAGGUAAACCAACGGCACGGUUCACUAAGACCUUUGUGCGAAAUAACAACAUUCGCUGUGAGACAGACGAGCAUAUGGUUCCUUCGGCAAUAAGGCAAGUGUGCUACACGGACUUCUCCACAGCGUCCCGCCAUGAUGCGAAGACCCUUCUGCAGUUUGUUUUCCAGGAGCUAGGCGACGCUAUACGCGUGAGGGCACAGCGGGUGAACCUGCAGCUCCCAGGCCUUGGGAAUUUGGUCUUUGACCGCCGAACCAGGUGUUACAAGUUCAACAUGCAUCCAUCCCUACCUCACAGAGAGCCGACUUAUCGCCAUCCGUGGCCGGAACCGAAAGAUUCCAGCGAGACGAUGGACGUGACAAUGGCAACAACACGACCAUACGACGCAACCGCAAAGGCCGCGGCACAGGGACCGUUUUCCCGUACAAUGACUCCGCGGGCAAACAACGUUCUGACCAACGGGCGCCCGGGGUCCAUGGGUUCUCUUGGCAACGUUCUUAAUCACGAAAGCACAGUCAGACCAGUUAACAAGCAGCAGAAACCGUUCAGUCUUAACACACCAUUCCGGGUUGAUUCUUUGCCCCCAUCCCAAAGACAGUCACGACAAGGCUCAAGACCGGGGACUCCUCGCGUUGAUGAGAACACCCUCCUCAUGCUGAUGUCCAAUAGAAACGACAUGGGUAUGUCUGUGCGAAGUUUUGGAGCCACCGAUAGACCGGCCAGCACCGUCUCUAAAGGCGUCCACGAAGAAACGAUGAUGCAGGAACCCGCUCUGGGGGUCACGCUUGACAACACUGGCAUGCUUCCACCAGCAAUGUCUGACUCUGUGCCUGAGGUUUCACAGAAGCCCCUCUCGCGAUCUGCAACCCAGCUCGUUGCCUCAGAGGUGAAGACUCCUCUCUCCGUCUCAGGGACCCGUCCACUAGGUGUAACUGCCGAGGAACUUUUCCGCACAAGGGCAGAAGAGUUCACGCGUGACUUUUGUAAGACAUUCAAGCCACCUGUUCGGUCACACUUAGAGUAUGGCCCGGUAUAUGAGCGGAUUCUCCACGAUGAGCUGGACAAGGCGCGGGAUGCAUAUAUUAAUUCUCGCGUCCACGGCACCCCAUCGACCGCUUCUGUUACAAGGCCGUUCCGUGGACUGAUUUGCUUUAGUUGUGCCGCCAAGAAGGAGAUGGAGGCAAAGCGUAAGGCUAACGCAGAGCGUAUUGCCCGUGAAAAGAAGGAGUUCACAGAGCAGGCUUUGCGCCAAGCAGAAGAGGCGCGCCGCGAGGAGGAGGCAAGGAAGCGGGCUGCUUACGAACGCGACAGAUCGCACUACGAAUACAAUAAAGAUCAAGCAGACAGGCUUUACGAUGCAUACAAGCGGUGGCGCCGUGCUGGCCACAACCUCUCUGAAGGAAGCAUUCAGCCGAUGCCUGUUUUGUUCGAUAACGAUCCGGAGCUUGAGAGGAAGAGACGCGAGGCUGCCGAGCAGAGCAUGCAAGACUUUAUCAGAGACUUCACGGCUAAGCAGCAGGCAAAGGAAAGCGAGAAGAAGCGCAGCCGCCUUGAGGACAUCGAGUAUGCCAAGGCUCUUCAGGAAGAGGAGGCUCUGCGGCGAGAGUUUGAUAAGGCCUCUGAGGAGGCUAAGAAGAGACUGCAGAAGGAGCUUCUGGACCGUCAGCUGGCUGAGUACAACCUUCCCGAAUUUGCUAAUGCUCGCAUACCGGACUACUAUGACAUGGGCUCGGCCCUUCCACCGGAGGACAUCGAGGCUAUCCUUGCCCGUAAGCGCAGGGAAGCAGAGGACGUUAGAGACACAGCUCUGCGUGAUGCUACGGCAAAGCGGAUGCGUGAUAAGCUUCAGCGCGCCAAAGAGGAGGCUGACGACAUGGCUGCAUACCUCAAAGACUUAGAGGACGCAGCAAACGAGAGACGAUGUCGUGCAGAGCACGAGCGUGCUGUGAGAGAGCAGAUGCUCAAGGACAUGGAGGCGCAGAUUGCAGAGAAGAACAGGCGAAAGCUCCAGGAGAAACUCGAUGCGAUGCGCCCACCAAGCCGCGAGUGCUUCCGCUCUGAGGAGGACGAGCCGACAUGCCCGUGCGACUGCUGCGGAAAGCGGGUGAAGGUCUCGCAGCUGUUAGCCCUCUAA